CCAUACUUCUGGAGAGUGGAGACGGAGAGAGAGAGUAGUUCUAACUAGAAGUGCCGCAGUUUGUACGUACGUGGUGCAAGGCAAUUCAAAUUAACUGAUGGGUUGCUAUGUUAAUGUUUUGUGUGAUAUGAGGGUUUUGUGCUGGAUCAUGUUCGUGUUGGUCGGAGUGAGGAGUGAUGGCGGUGGUGUUUCUUCACCGGCGCCGGAGGAGGAAAGCGGCGGGGGAGGUGUGCCGGCGGUGUUCGUGUUGGGGGACUCGCUUGUGGAUGUGGGGAACAACAACCACUUGAAGCUGUCUCUGGCCAAAGCCGAUUUCCCCCACAACGGCAUCGACUUCCCUUCCCACAAACCCACUGGCCGUUUCACCAACGGCAAGAACGCCGCUGAUUUUCUUUCUGAGAAAGUGGGCCUACCGACUUCACCCCCAUACCUGGCCCUGUUGUCCAAAAACAGCAGCGCCGCCGCUUUUCUCGCCGGCGUCAGCUUUGCCUCCGGCGGUGCCGGCAUCUUUGACGACACGGACAAAAAAUAUCGUCAGUCAAUUCCUCUGACGUCGCAAGUGGACGACUACGAGAGGGUGUACGGGGAGAUUGUGAAGGAGCUAGGGUCAGAUGCUGCAAAGGCACGCUUGUCAAAGUCGAUUUUUUUUGUCGUGAUUGGAAGCAACGACAUCUUCGCGUACUUCAAGUCGGGCAGAAGCGGGUCCAGGCUCCGCAGCUCUUCCACCCCUCAGCGCUACGUGGAUUUGAUGGCUUCCACCCUCAAAGCUCAACUUAAGCGGAUGCACGGCCUUGGGGGGCGUAAGUUUGUGGUGGCAGGGAUUGGGAUGAUCGGGUGCUGUCCUUCGCAGAGGCUUAAAAAUGAAACAGGAGGAUGCCAUGAGGCAGAAAACUAUUUGUCCCUCCAGUACAACCAGCUCCUCACAUCCAGCCUACAACAACUCAAGUCUGAGCUCCCCGACAUGAAGUACACCUUCUUUGACACCUACGCCGUCUUGAACAACAUUUCCCAGAAACCAGCUGCUUAUGGAUUUAAUGAAGUCAAGGCAGCAUGUUGUGGGCUUGGGGACCUAAAAGCCAGGGUUCCUUGUCUGCCAAUAGCAAGCUACUGCUCUGACAGAAGGAGCCAUCUGUUCUGGGAUUUUUUCCAUCCAACGGAGGCCACUGCUCGCAUCUUCGUCGAGAAUAUAUUUGAUGGGCCACAACAGUACGCCUCUCCUGUCAAUGUUAGGCAGCUAGUUGCUCUGUAAAGUGUAAACCAUGAAGCCCAUUGGGCCUCAGCUCAUAAAAAGGCAGAAUUCAUGCGACACCCCUGAAUCAAUGCAAAUUAUAACUAGACGUGUCAA